AUGGCUCCUCAACUUCCACCUGAGACUUAUCAAAAUGUGUUUAGGAAUCUUGCUACAGACUCGAGAACUUUGGCUUCAGUUAUAUUAGUUAAUCGUUCAUGGUGUGAAAUCGCUAUACCUAUUCUUUGGCAAAAUCCCUUUAUGCCUUUUCCUUCUUUUUUUCUCAAUACCAAUAACGGCAAUAUUCCAUCGGAUACACCAAUUAUUGAGGCUUAUAUAAGCUGCCUACCAGAAGAAGCGAAAAACAAAUUGAUAGAUGCUGGCUUGGAACUUUAUUUUCCUAUAAAAAAAACGCCAGCUUUUAAUUAUGCAUCAUUUUUACAAACUUUGAAUUACCGGCUUUUGCAGGAUGCAGUUAACGAAGUGUUUCCGGAUACAAUUUCAGAAGAGACAAGAAAAACGAAUGUCACAUUAGUUCUUGAAGAAUUAUGCAAGUUAUUUAUCGGUCAAUGUGCGAACCUAAAAUCUAUUCAAUACGUCGGAUAUCCGUCGCUAAGUCCUUACAUAAUUGCAAUUCCUUCUCGAUCUAUCGAACCAAUUUUUAUUGAUUUAUGUGAGCUCCCUGGUGCUGAAGCUUGUCUAUCCAAAUUGCAAAGUUUCGAGUAUGGAGGAAACAUUCCUAUUGAUUUGCUUCAUGCAUUUUCCAGAGUCGUCAAAGAACUUGACAAUUUGACUAUUACGGCACUUGGAGAUGAUAAUGAAGGAUUAAUAGCAUUAAUAGACGCUCAAACCAAGCUGCAGAAUGUUAAAAUUCAUGCACAUGAGAAUAUACCAAAUAUUAUAUCAGCAAUUCAAUCCAAAACUGAAACAAUCAAGAAAGUUUCCAUUGUUGGUCGUACCUCUAUUCUUUUGGAUGAUUUUUGUGGAUUUUCCAACCUUGAAGAGCUGACAUUAGAAUUAUUGGAAUUUCCUUAUAACCGUCUUUCGAGAAACUCUUUAUGGGUUACUCAAGCAGAGAAACAAGAAAUACAACGAAGGCAAAGAGAAUUUCAACAAUCAUUUCAUCAAGCACAAAUCCAAUAUCAAUUACAAGUUGCCCCAGUUGUCCAACCUCAGCCGCGACGAACAACACACCAAACCAAACUCCAGGUGGACGAGGUAAUUAUUAUUAUGACUAUAUAUUCAAACCAAGUCACUACACUUGCACAACAAUUUGUUUCACUUUUGGGUACGGAUCAUCGACCGUGGCGUAAUUUAUAUCCAUCAGCAUCUUCAGAAUUGGAAUGCUACGCUAAUUCCAGCCUAACCAAGCUAAAUAAGCUUAACAUAAACCUCGCUGGUCAAAGAAUACAACAAUUAAUUUUGUUAAUUCAAAAUACUCAUGGAAGUCUACGUAAAAUUGAUAUCGAUCUUAGGGACCCAUUAGAUCCAGAUCAUUCGGGAACAUUGUUUUCGACAAUUGCUCUUUGUUGUCCAAAUCUUACUAAUAUCCAUCUCUUCGUUUCAAAUGACGCUAUCACACAACUGCCAACAUUGUUUUCUGGUUGUCCUAAACUUCAAGAAAUUGAUUUUAUUGGAGACAGAAGUGACGAGGGAAAACUAGAUAUUGACGAUGUUCUUUGUGAAAUUGGAAGUGUUGUUCCAGAAAAUUUGAAAUUUCUCAAUUUGGGUUCGAAAGCGUGGACCUAUACAAAAGAUUCAAUCAGCGACUUUCUUGAUGAAUGUGAAACCAGACUAAAGCAUAAACCAUGUACUUUUAUAAUGGGUGGUCAUUUGUCAAGAAAAGUUGUGGAAAGACUUAAUAUGUACGAAGAAAAGGGAGUGAUCCAGAUUAUGGUUACUAGAAAUGAACGAGAAAUAUUUUUAUAG